ACUCUUCCCACGCCAAGCAUGGGCUGAAAUCACCCCCACCUCCACACACCCCACUGCAAAACCUUCAAUGAUCAGUUUAAAAAAAAAAAAGAAAAUUGAAAAAGGAAACGGGAUGCUUCUUUUGUUUCAGUGCUAUUCCAGAGAGACUUGUACCACUCCACCUGCCUAUGGACUGACCGCCUAAAGAUAACUGAACUGGAUAACAUAUAACCUUUGAAAUGGAGGCACAGAGGCAACCCCAUUCCACAGUUGCACUAGCUGAUCAACCAGUUAAAGUCUCAUCUCUUCAGGCUGCACAGGGUUCAUCAAGUAUCAGACAGAGUCCUGUGAUUUUUCAGCAGGAACAAGCCCUGUCUCAGACUAUAUACCUGAAAGCCCUUACCAUACCACUGUAUCAUCCUAUCCAGUCAGGAUGCUAUCAAUCAAACAACCAGUUAGCAGCUGGUGGAAGCAGCAUAAAUCUAGACAGCAGUAAUAUGCCUUUAAUCCUAAAUCCACUUCUGCAUUCAGAGAGGACAGAUCAGCUUCAGUCAGUUGCUCAGAAACAAGCAGGGCAAACUUUGACAUUAAACAUAGUUAGUUCACCGGUUUUACCAUCAAGUUCCUGUUCAAAUGCACCUGUUGGAAGCCCAGGGAAAUUCAAAAACGCCGGGAAGUACAUCUGUAAACACUGUGGACGAGAUUGCCUGAAGCCAAGUGUCCUUGAGAAACAUAUUCGCUCACACACAGGUGAGAGGCCCUUUCCCUGCACCACCUGUGGUAUUGCAUUUAAAACUCAAAGCAAUUUGUAUAAACACAGAAGAACCCAAACACAUGUCAACAAUACCAAGCUGCCCUCAGGGUCUGACAACAGUGGCAUAAUAGAGGAGAAUGAGAAGGCAACAGACAGCAUCAUGUCACAUCGGGGUGCAAAACGAGACAACAAUGUCUGUGAAAAGCAGGGGCCAGGGAUUAAACAAAUAAUUUCAGAAACCAGUACCACAGUGGACACUAAAAAAUUUCCAUCCAUUAUUUCACUGCCAACACUGAACGCUUUAUCGCUUACAUCAGAAAGUCAGAAAAUAACAACUGAUGAUUCCUAUUGGCCAGAGGCAAGUCAGGGUGCUUCUGAAAGAGAACCAAUGCAAGAUCCCCAAAACCUAUCUUCUCUAGUAGUUUUGCCAGACAGUGUACACCAGAGAAAGAUGAUACAGGAGCAAAGAUUCUCAACAGCAAAUAAACAUAUUCAGUUGCAAAGGCAGCAAGCAACUUAUUCAGAUAAGCAAUGGGACUGCAAACCAUCUGACUAUAAGCUGAAGAAGUGUGAGAGCACUGAUUCUGGAUAUCUGUCACGCUCUGAUAGUACAGAACAACAGAUGCUGACCUCCAGCCCCCUGCAUAGUCUUUGUGAACAAAGCACAGAGCUGGAAAAUGAAACUGCCUUCAGUGGCUUAAGGUGCAUGGCAGGAAGUAGUGCAAAACUGGAUUCAGCUGAGAAAGCAACAGCCUUGAUGCUAGAGAAAAAGAAGCUGGAAGAGCAUAUCUCAAAACUGAUCUCUCAUAACAAAGCUGUGGUGGAUGAUACCCAAUUAGACAACGUUAGACCCAGAAAAACCGUGCUUUCCAAGCAGGGCAGUAUUGAUCUGCCAAUGCCUUACACAUACAAAGACUCCUUCCAUUUUGACAUCAGAUCUCUUGAUGUAAACAGGAAAAAGAAUCUUUCCCUUUGUUCAGCAAAAUCUACCUUUACACCCAUAGAAAAAUCCAAGCCAUUGUUUUUUCAUUCAGUCCCCACGCAAUUCUCGACAACAAUAGACUGUGUGCCUGUCACAAGAAGCAACUCUUUGCCAUUUGUAGAGAGCACAAGAAUGGCACAUGACAGAGUGGGUAGCUCAAAUCUACCAUCUCUCACUAGGCAGCCCCUGAAUACAAGCUCUUCUAGUUUGUUGCAUAGCAACAACCUUGCUACAAGUUCAGUGGAUUUUCCUAACAGCCAUCCCCGUGCACUUGUCAGACAAACAGCAGUGGAUGAUUUGCCACUAAGUAAUGCAGUCUAUGAUUAUUCUCCCUUUGAGGAGAUGAAAGAAACUAAAAAGCCUGGAGCUGGGGGAGAAGGAGUGAACGCUAAAUGUAAGAAGUCAACUCAAAGGAAAUUAAAAAUGUUCUCUCAGGAAAAAUGGCAGAUGUAUGGUGACGAAACAUUCAAGAAAAUCUACCAAAAAAUGAAAAGCAGUCAAACUGCCAAGAAACUGAAUCAAAGGGGGGAAAAGGCAACAGACAAUAUAGGCUUCACCCCUGAUCCAAAGGAAGCAGCCAGUGGUGAUGGAGUUAUUCAGCCAAAAGAUGGGAGGAGCUCUUUAAGCGGGAAUCUUUCCUCCCCUGUGACCAUUUCUAACACAGAAUUAAACACUGUGAAAUCAAAAACCUGUCCCAUUGGUAAUCGUGUACUGCAUGGUGUCUCCUCAGAAGAGAAUGCAGGCAGAUUUACAGAACUAAUGGAAAUGGCACAUUCAGUAAAUGCUGGUGAACAGAGUGUAAUAUGCAAAACUUCCCCAAAACAUGGCUGCAGCAACAAACAUAGUUCAGAUAAAUAUACAGGUGGCAACAACAUGUUACUGGCUGUAAGCAGUCAUGAAACGAGGCUUCAACUUAAGCAGAGAGCUAGUCAAUUAAACUCUAACAUGCUGAACACUGAUAGUCUGCAAAUGCAUAAUAGUCAAUUGGAAGAGUCACAUCCUGGGAGCGAAUCCAAUACCCUCAUAUUAGAUAGUGAAAAUAUUUUUAAUAGUAAAGAAACUUCUCAACAUGCACAGAUGGCCUUAAGGGCACACAACUGCAGCAGUGGUGAAUCUACACAGGAAUUCCAAAAGCUACCAUCAGAGAGAAAAAAACUGAAAGUCGAUGAGCUGAAGAGCAGAGAUAAUGCAACUCUAAAAUCCAGUCCCAGCUCCGGUAGUGAAAAUAACACAGUAGGUGAAACAGUGAAAUUGAUAGACUGUUAUAGUGUACAUGCCAUCUCCCUAGCAUUAGUUAAACAGUCAGCUAAAGACGGAGAGCAGAAUUCAAGCACAGACAUGAAUGAAUCAAUCAGCAGUGCUGAAGACAUGGAAUAUGAGAAAACAAUGAAACUCCACAUAGAACCCAUAUAUGAUAGUGAUAAUACUGCUAACCUUCUUCCACAAUCAGCAAAGGUCUCAACAGCUUCACUUUCUGAAUUUCUGGUGCCUGAGUUAAAGAGAGAUAAUUGUAGUUCUUUUGCCUUAAGUAAGGUGACAGAUACAGGAGUCAAAACAUGUCCUGUGACAGCAGGAGCAAGAGUGUCACUGCAUAGCGGUGAUGAUGCUGGCAUAUCUUCCACUACUCAAAAUCUGGAGUUUGGUCAGGUAACUCCACCUCUGAAGAAAAAUGCAUUUUCUCCAAAGUACAUCCUUAAAUUACCGCAAGAAGAGAGUACUACAGACCUGUCACUUUUAGUGGAACCAGGGCAGGAAAGCAUGCCUGGUAUUUCUCUACCAGUUCCGAUAACCAAAACUUCCUGCACUAUCAACAGUAGGACAGUCAGUGUUGAUUCUGGUGAUGUGUUUUUGUCCCCUUUAGAAUUUGAACUGAGACACCAGGCCAAAGCAGUAGGGCUCAGAUGGGGUGUACAUACAAACUGGAAGGCUCUGGUACCUUGUUCAUCAGUCAACUCAAGAACAACUAACAUCCCAACCAAGAUAGAUGACAGCUUUCAGAACCAAAGCUGCAGGCAGAAGGAAAUAAUCAAAGACACCUGGAAAGAGACUAAGAAUAAAGAUAACUUAAGUGAUCGAAUGCAAGCAGACGAGAAGUGGAUAAGUACAACUGGUUGCUCUGCACAAACCACAGAGAAGAAAGUAUGCUUUACUUCUAUGUACACAGGUGGCUUUUUCAUAUCUGCCGACAUCAAAGGAGAGAAUCAGGUCUUACGCCACCUUCACUCAGGAAAUAACUCUUUAAUAAUGACAUCUUCAUCAGGCAAAGGGGCAACCUCUAGCGGGGACACUGAACAGACAAUCAUGGGAUGGGACACAGAUGGUAGCUCUUCAAGCAUCCUUAAGGACACUUCACCAGGGUUGCAGGAUUUACAGUAUUCUGUGUGUUCAAUGGACAAUUCAAAUUAUUUUUGCCAUUCCUUUGGCACGUUUUAUUGCCACACCCUCAGUACUCAACAUAAGGAACUCCCUGCACUGUCCCAAAUCAGUUUGACUUGUCUCUCGGGAAACUCAAGGAUCUCAAGCACAAAGGGCUCCUUUCCAUCACUAAAUGCUGAGCCUCAAUUAACUUGGUGUUGUUUAACCAGAAGCCUUCCUCUACCUGCUGAGCAAAAGGAGAAGGCCGACUCUGCUUACUCUUCCUUGCACAUCUGUAAGAAAAAUUCUGGUAUUGAAGGCACAUUGUCAAAAUGUGACUUUUCUUUUAUCAAAAUGAAAAAUAUUAGCAAGACUGUGUCCUAUGGCUUGACCACUGGGAAUUUAAAAACACUGGUUUCAUCCUUUUCACAGGGAGAGCAGCUACAGAAGUCCAGUUCAAAGGCUGGAGGAAGUGGAGCUUCAGAAAAUAUUGCAGAGCGAGAGAAGAAAGAAAUACUUUGCAGAAGGGAAACAUUCACAACAAAUAAAUCCAAGAGGAGCCAUAAACAGAAAAAAAUGAAAAUCAACCCAAAAUGGUCCAAAGGGAACCACAUGCACGGAUAUAGUCAGCUGAAAACUAACAAGCUGAGCAAGCAACACUGGCUUCCAAACAGGACACUAGAUUCUCUGAAAAAGCAUCAGCUGCUCCACACACAUGAUAGCCUUAAUCAAUGCAAGAAAUGCCACUCUCCUGCGUCAAAAUUGCAAGAUAAUUAUCUCCCCCAGCAGGAGGAGCUAUCUUGCCCCACCUCAGACAAGCCAGUGUCCAAAGGGAAUAUUCAUAAGAAAGAAGACAGGAAUCACAAAAAUAACUCAGGAAUAUUUUCACCAGCUGGGCAUCCAAGCAAAUUCAGGCAAAAAGGCAAACUGGAUGGAAAAGAUGUUACUAGACCAACUGAGAAACACUCAAGAGGCAAUUUCUUUCUUCAGAACUUUAAUGCAACUCCAGGAUUACCUAUGGUAACAUGCUCGUGUUCAUCACCAGCUAAAGCAGCCAUGCGAGAAACAAACAAUGAUCUGAACAUCUGCUGUUUAAUGGCUCAACCUCUCAUGCUUCAGAAAUCAUUUCCAGUGGAGUCACAGCCAAAUGCUCAUUCUGACCCUGUGGAGUCCUCUCUUUGGUCUUUUCCUUUUGAUUUUGUAGGCACUGGCACAUGCUGCCAGCAUGUGAGUAUGGGUUCAGAGGUUACUGCUCCUUUUUUCUUAUGUCCAGAAGCUAACCACAAAAAUAUACUCAAUGUAGACUCACAAGGUCAAACUUUUACUGCAUUAUACCCAUUGAUCCAGACCUCAGGAAAGGAGGAACAUCCAAUGGAAGGAAAUUCUUACUCAGCUCUGAAGGACAAACUUAAUCCUAGUUCCAAAACUGUGUGUUCAGCUUCAUUGGGAUCAAAGGUAAACACCCUUCCUGAGACAUCAAUCGCAAGUACUAGCUUACCUAGCACAGCUAAUAUACAGGGGAUAAACUCUUCUGAUACCAGUCCUCAUGGAUGCGUGGACAAGAAUGGAGCCUGCUUACAAUCAGAUGGCCAUGGAACACUUAAUGAAACUGGCACUAAUACUUUUAAAGAGCCCUCAUUUCCCUUCAGUCCCACAGAGUCCACAGCUAGCUCUGAAACACCUUCCAAAACGUACAAAACAAGAGGUUUAGAGAUGAUAAGGAAACAAACCCGAGUGGAAUACACUGACACAAGCAGUGAUGAUGAAGACAGGCUAGUUAUAGAAAUAUAGCAAACAGGACACUGCCACAGCAGAUGGAUGUAUGACGGUGCAUUAUAGAGAGAAAUGCCUUGGAAAUUGUAGAUCAUUGAUCUGCCUUUUUGAAGCACCUUAACAUCAGAAUAGCCAUUCCUGCACAGUAUAGGCAAAGUUCUCUUCUAAGAACAACCGUUCUUCUUUGCAAGGACUCAGGCUUCUUUUACGUAUUUUAAUGCUUUUGUAUGGAGCAAGGAAGCAGUUAAAUUAUAUAUUUAAAUGCACAAGGUGGUUCCCAACUCCACUAAACCUCAUCAAUCCCACAUAACACCCACAAUCCCCAGUUCACAGAGACUGUAUUAUAAAGACACUGCAGUGUAUUUGUUUACCAAUAAUGAUAAAACAGCUAUCAGCCUCCUUAAUGCAUAAGCUGAGGUGUAGAUUGUAACAAACCAUUGGGUAUAUUUUCAUCCCUGUGCUACCCUUUUUAGUAAUUAUUUCCAGCUUUGCUGGAAGUUAUGUAUGUACAUUGGGAGGAAGAUAUAUCCCCCAUGUAUCUAUGAUAUUGAGAGAUGUCACACAAAUACUGAAUUUUUCCAUGUUGUACAAUGGUCAAUGCUUCUUUGUGACAAAAUGACACAAGCAUGCCCUGCUUUGUGUUUUGUGCCUUUUCUGCUGAGAUCUACUGAAAUAUUUUAUUCUUUAGCUCUACUUUGAGGAAUUGGGGUGUAAAUAGGUAAUGUCAAUGUUUCUUUGUAAUGAGAUUUUUAACACAGAGAUUUUCUCUGAUCAGAUUUUCGGAUUGUGCUCUAAAAGCAAGUUACACUGUUUUGUUUUAUUUUGUUCUGAAGUUUAGCCCAAAUGUAAAUCAACUUCUGCUUUGAAACCCAACAUUUACUUUGUUUACAUGAAAACAUCUCCAGUCAGUAAAAUACCAGAUACACUUACCAUUCACUAGAAAGCUAGUUUAAACUGACAGAGAAAGUUUGAAAUCAUUGCACUGCUGUACUAGAGUCAAAUUUUAUACUUACCUUUGCUAUGAGUUUUUGUAUGAUAUGGACUCAUAUACAGGAUUUUAUGGAUUAACUUUCAUGUGAUAGUCAUAAUUGCAUGUACUUUAAGGAAAGAAUAAUCAUGCAAUCAUGCACAAGUGAGGCUGUAUGGGUCCUAGUCAUAAACAGGUCUAGUGUACUAUCUAUGUAUGUCAGAGAAACAUAUGCAUAUUGUAAGAAGUGAAUGAAAAGUGCCAGAAUGGCAACCCUUCUGUGGAUACACACAAAUGGAACCAAAUGCUAAGCUCUAUGUCAUCCCUUUACACUCAUAUGCAUUAUGAAAGUGACCAUAGUUCCAAUUUGCCCUGCAGAGAGCUUUUUAUUUAGCAUCAAAUUAUGUUGGUAUAUAUUUUUACUGUUAGGUAAAUUGAUAUCAUGAUCAGAGUGCUAUACUGAUUUCUAAUUAUAAAUGCUAGUGCCCUUGUGUUGAAAAAGGUUAAUGGGGUUAGCAGGAUUUUUUCUUUGUCAGCAGUAAAGCACACAGAAUAAAGAAUAACCUACAAAGUCUUUAUUUGUUCCUUAUAAAAAUACUACCAUAUUCAUUUCCAAAAUCAGAGAGAUUUCAGUAGGGUUCCUCCAGGAUUUGGGAUCAUGAUUGCAUGGAAGAAUGGAUGUAUUGCUUUACUAAAAAUGAACAUUAGCUAUCUUCCCCUUUUACUUCUGUGAAACUCUGGGACCUUAUUCUGAUCUCACUUCUUAUAUGCUGGUUUUAUAACACUAGCAUUAACUCCAUACACUUUAGAAGAGUUAGUUUCUGAUUUUCAGGAGUGUAAAUGAAAUCAGAAUUAUGCCUUUAUAAGCUUAUAGGUCAGAGACUAAGUGGAUAGUGGAGCCCUAUUCUGUAAAUAAACUUUAUGCAAAACUGCUCUUAAUUUCAAUGGGAUUUCCAUGUAUGGAACAGGGACAUGAGAAGGCCAAAUAGUGUAUUAAGAUGGGAAGGUUUAUACUAAAGACUAGCAAAUAUGGGUAUGAAAUUCCUGUUUUGGGAAGUUAAGUAGCAUGAAAGGUAUGAACACUGGGGGACUGGCUGGCCAUGUAAGUUGCAUAUUGUAAUUGCAUAUUUUUGUUGAAUAUGCAAUAUAUAGUACCUGAAAUACUAUUUGUUUGUUGAAUGUUGAUAAGAAUGAUACAACUGACUUAUUUGUAUAUUUUUUAAAAAAAAUUCUGUUCCUUUAUAUUCUUAACUUAUUUUGUUUUAAUAAAAAUUAAACUUGAAGGUCACAAUGACACUAAGAAUGUGGUAGUUAUUAGGGUUUGGUUUUUAAAAAUGCAAGUGCACCAUAGGGUGAAUGUGGGAGGAUCAGGUAAUCCGGGGUGCUCACCAGAUACAGUACAACCCUGCCAUUCUGCAGUGAUGCCUUUCCCUGAAUUAUACAAUAGGAAUACAACUGAUCAGCUGCAAAUUUCUUUUGCUAGUAAAUAUAAAACAGGAAAAUUUUCUAUUCACCUGUCAAGAAAAAUAUUAUGAUUGCAUUAAUUUUUAGAUUAAACAUAAAAUGUGUUGUCCAGAGAAGUACAUUUCCAGUCUCUAGAGUUAAACCAGUUACACCAGCAGUGAAUUUGGGAACAGAAUCCCAUAUUAAAAAUAGUCAUAAAUAUCACUGAAGUGAUAUAAAAUAAAACUGAAUUUACCUCUUAAAACAGAGUCUUUAAAUGACUGACAGGUUAUAAUGUAUGCUCAGGACUCAGCUCAUAUAAGAUUUCUUCUGUGCAUAUAAACCAAGUAAGAGGAAUGGAGACUUUCUACUCAAUCUUAAUACCCACUCAAGGUUUUAAAAGAACACCUUUAGGAAAGAAGCUAUUAAAGUGUGGGAAAGUUAUGACAAAACAUGUAUAAGGACAGGAAUUGACAACAGUAUCCUUGCACUGCAGUAACAGCUCCAACAGAUCAAAUAAUUUAUCACAGAGAGGCACUUUUCCUUAAGAAUGAAUUUUUUGUCCACCGUCUAUGCACUGCCAGCCUCUUGCUACUACUUCUUAUUGUAGUGGUGAAAGCUGAAUCAGACAAAUACAGGGUUGGAGGAAAGCUGUUUGAAUAUCAGAACUACCAUAUAUUCCCAUUGAACACCACCAGUCUGCUGGUGAAAACUAUAGUGAUAGCUGUUUAGUUUACACAGAUGGGUGAAACUGAAUGUUUUGCAUAGAAGAGAAGGUCCACAUGGUAGUGAUCAUGUACUACAGGAAUUAGUCAGGAACGUAAUGGAAACUGAUUAGAUAUAGGGAGCUAUAUUUUUGUCUGAUUUACACUGGUGUAACUGCAUUGUUGUCAGUGAACUUGCAGUGCUGUCACUCAAAGGAGAAUUUGACACUAGACAUUGCUCUUGAAGAGAAUAUAAAGAAAGCCAAUUAGUGCUAAUUUGAGGUUACACCUGUGGAGGCAAUGAUUAAUAAACAAUUAUAGUACGGAUUAGCAAGAGUUGACAGUAUGGUUGGCACUAUACUCAAAACAAAUAUCAAGGCUUGAAGGGUUUCAAUUCAGGAAAACACCUGAGGAACAUGUGUUGAACUUUAAGCAUGUGCUGAACUUCCAUCUACUUCAGUGGGAUUUAAGCAUGUGCUUAACUUUAACCACUUGCUUAAGUGCUGUCUGGAACAGAGAUGCUUUCUUGAUUCAAGGCCCAAAAGAGAGACAAGUACAAUAGCUUAGAUUGGGACAAUAUCCUUACAAAGAAUAGUCAGACCGAAUCCUACGAAGUUAUGGCAAGCUCCUGAAUAUAUAGGGAGAAAAAUAAGAUACACAUAUUUACAUGACAUACAGAGUAAACCAGAUGGCUGGUUUGCAUAUCAAUGACACAAAUAGAAAAGUUGGCCAGAGCCAGUCAGCCACUUGCAGUUUUGUUCUGAAGAGAAUGAAACAGGUUUUUUUUAAAGAAAAGAAUAGAGAUAUUACAGGGGAAAAAAUUGUAUUUCAGGGAGUGAUACUUCAAGGAUAGGCAAGCACUAGUUAAAAUGUUCAUUUUUCUUUAAAUAGGCACUGAUGGAACUUGGUAAUUUUACAGGUGUCAGAUGUCCAGAUCACAGUUUAUAUUGAAUGUCAGAAGAAAAUCUGCCUAUUUUGCAAAAAAAAUUAGUUUAAGAAUUUCCGUCAUGAAUUAUGGCACUUCAUGUUGAACUCUUGAUCAUUUUGGCUUGUCUAAAAUGGAUGUUUGAAUGCUACCAAUGUCUGGGAAAUCUGUGUAGUCUGGUCAGUGCUACCACCAGUGGAGAAAAUCCCUGGAAUGUCUUCAGAAUCUUCCUCUAGAUGGUAUGUUCUCUGUGCUAUUCUUGGAUCGUGUUCCUUAACUUUGGAGGCAGUAGCCUGACAUGCUGUGGCAUUAUUGUAGCUCAGGAUUCUGUGCUAAUAACUUAAUUAGAUGAAAUGAUCAGAAAAUGUAUACAUGUUGGCAGUGCUUUAGUUUCAGUUCCAGUUCAAUUUCCUUCUUCAUUUUCAACACCACCUUGUAAUCUAAAGUAAUGCUGGGCAUGAGCGCUUCUUUUCUCUAGACUUUUAUGAUAACAGUUUCUUGCCAUUCCAUCUGAUAACCUACUAAAGCAAAACUUUAACUGCUCAUAGGUUUUAUUUGUUAAGAGACUUUGCAGAAACAACAAAUGCGUGGGCUUUCAAAUGGCUAAUGGAAAAAUCCAGUGCCUACCUAUUUCAUCUGAUCCAGCUGCAGGGAAACCCCCUAUCUGCAUCUUAAUGAAGCUGGAAGAGAAGAUAUCCUACCAUCAGAUCAGACCAGAGCCUCCAACACAGCUGUGUUCCAGCUGAUGAUAGUGCUAGAGAUUCCUUGGCAUAAAAUCAGUUAUCUGGGUAUAGGGAGUUUGUUAGAUUAAAAAAGGGUUCAUGUAAUAUUUGUUGUUAAAUGAUCAGUUUUAAGCUUAAUUUUAGAUUAUUUGCUUGGCAACAUUCCAGUGAGAGUGGAUAACAAAUGCUUUCAGAGGAACAGUUGUGCUAUUGGAGUUUUAUAUUACAGCAUCCAAUUGCAUUGCUGUACCACAGCUGGCUUUAAGACGAAACAGAAACAAGAUGAUUUUAAGCGAGCGAGAUAAGGAAAUGUACUUUUAAACUGAUGAUUAGCCAUAGCUAUUUUUUCUUUCUUUUGUGAAUUUUCUGAUUUCAAUAAUCCUUGAUAUUUAAUGAUGUUUUGUGUCAAACGUGAUCUCACGUCAAAACUGAUACACGAAUACUGAUUACUGAAACAAUGGUCCAUUAGACACAAUCAUUGUUCUAACUUUUCUAACAGUGUGUUCACUUACUGUAAGACAUCGCCUAUACAGCCUCCACUCGGAAUUCCCUUAGUUAGUAAACUGGACACCUUCCUACACUGUGUUUGUCAGAAAGUAAU